AUGAGUGUAAUUGAUAAAGUCCGAGAUUUUGUACUUCCUGGAACUUUUGGAAAAGGAAGAAGAGCCAAAUUGACUGGAAUUAUUGCUUCAAUAUACCAAAUAUUAAUAUAUACUUUCGUAUUGGCAAAUAUAUGCAAUUCUUUCCUGCUAUAUUUCCGAUUUGGUCGUAUUAACAGUUUUGUUACAAUUUAUUCUGAAUUAAAUGGAAUUGAAACACCUUCUUUGAUUUAUUGUAAAAAAAGGAGUAGAUUUGGAAAUGAUAUAAAUGCAUUUAAUGGUACAGUUCUAAUGAGAAUUCUACAUUAUAAUCGGUAUUACUACAGCGACAAUAAAAAUAUCCGAACAUGUAUUUAUGAAGGAUCGAUGUGUUUAUGUAUUGAUGCUUGGAAACAGUCGUAUUACUCCAUUAAUGAUUUAGAAGCAAACAAAUCAACAGGAAAUGUUAAUAAUUCUUUGGAACCAUCUAUUUUUCAAAAUCCUAAUUCUUACAUGAAAUUGAAUUCUAAUCAAUUUUCCGUAUUUCAUCCAGGUGAUUUUCCUGUCCCAUUAUUUAUCAGAAAUGAAAUAGAUUAUCAAAUUAGCACAAGAAUGUCCAUGAACGAUAAUGAUGUUAAAUAUAAACCUCAUCUAAUUAAUUGGUGUGGAUUAAAUAUUAGAGAAGAUAAUAAUAAACUGAAUUAUUCAAAAAUUACUAAUAAUUUUGAGAAUCAUUCUUCACAUAAUAACAAUAUUUUAAAUUCAGUUAAAAAUCAUACUUCUCAUAAUAUUGAAGUGAGCCAAAACAUUUUUUGUGAGCAUAAGGAUAUGGUGGAAUUAUUAUUCAUUUCUGAAGAUAAAUUUGAAGGAGGUGUUGUUGGAUUUUAUACGUCUAAGAAUCAAUUUUCUUCAGAACCUAUGUGGGUAAAAACCAGUUUUCCUGGAAUAAUAUUUGCUUUUCUUCAACUUGAGAAAAACUGGAUCAUUGAUUUUCUUCUUCUUAAACGUUUAUUAUAUCACAGAAUGAAUCCAUUUUAUACUAUUUAUAAGUAUUUUUCAAAUUCGAAUAAAAAUGAUUUAUCCCCAUCAGAUAUAGAUGAUGAAAAUGAUAAUGAGCUCAAUAUUGAUUAUGGUUUUCAGAAAAAAGAUAAGUCAUACCUUAUUACAGAAUCCCAACAGAUUAUUGCUGAUAUUGCCCAAUUUCAUGGUAAAGUACUUCCAAAUGAUUGGUCACAAUGGCUAAAUGUACACCAACAAAUUUCAAGAAUUAAUGGUACGAAUGAUGAUAAAAUGAAUGGAGACAAAAAUUUUGAUGAAUAUAUUUUUAAUAACCAGACGUUAAAAAUGAUUGAUGAAUUAUCAAAUUUAACCAAUGAAUCUUCUGGACUUUUGAAAUCAAAUUAUUCAACCCUUUGGGUUAGAUCUGAAUAUCAAAUAUUUGUCACCCCUAAUACGGUCAGAGUUGCAAAUAAGCACUUCCUUCUUAAAACCUUUGGACUUAUAAUGUCAAUCAUUUUCUCUCUGAAUUAUCUCAACCUGUUCCACUCUGUAUUCCCUUAUUACCGAGGAGAAGUACCCAAAUUAACCGUUUCACCUUUAACGAAGUUUCUAUCAUGCAAUCUUUUAAAUUCCUAUCAUGAUAAGCAGUAG